GUUGGGCGUCAGUACACCCAAGACACGACGUUUCGUCAUGUCCUGGUAAGGCUCAAGGAAGCCUUCAAGGACCUCAAGGCUAGCAGCAUCAAGGGUUGCAUACACAAGGCCGACCGGCAGCUGUACAAACUCGAGGAGUACAUCAAGCAGAAGCAAGACGAGGACGCAAGUGGCAACGUGAGCGACAGCGAGAGCGAGAGUGACAACAAUUCCGACAGUGAUAGUAGUAGUAAUGAAUCGAGUAACUCUGAAUCAGAGACAUAA